AUGGGCUCGACACGCGGCUCAUUUUCUCUCGCGGGGGCUGCUCAAGCUGAAACCGAACAGAACAUCAUAGACCAAGAGCUUCAAGCCGAUCGAUCGGUGACAGAGCUGCAAGAGAGCACCCAUAUGUGCGGUAUUGCAUUGUGGCUGGUCAUCUUCACCAAUACCAUCGCUCCAGUCGCAGCUGAGGCUGUGGUGCAGCUCAUCGGAUUCGCUGGGAACAACGCCAUGGUAGCUCAACAGCGAAACCCCUCGAUGCUCUAUUUCUAUACCAUCCCUCAAGACAAUGCAGUGUCUCUCAUCUCACGAUUGGUCGGCGACGGAUUUCUCAAGCUCUUAGUGGCCGACUGUGAACGGAGAGUGCAUUGUUUGGGAGCAUAUGGUGCGCUCAAGUGCAUUGGCGUUGCUACCGUGGCAGCCAUUCAGCGGUGUUGUCCGUCUGACAAGUAG